GGGGGUGAAAGCAAAGGGGAUAUCUUCAUUCACCCUCAUUUUUCUUUAUUCUUUCAUGUUUUCAGCUCGUCUGCCUGUUCCUGUCAUCAGCAGAAACUGUUCUUCAUCCUCAUCCUCAGAGCAGAAUUGUUCAUUGGUGUGUUCAGUGGUGAAUGUGGGUCAUGUGACUCUCUCCUGGUACAAAGGAAACAGUUUAUUGUCCAGCAUCAGUGUGUCUGAUCUCAGCAUUAGUCUCUCUCUACCUCUGGAGGUGGAAUAUCAGGAUAAAAACAGCUACAGCUGUGUGCUCAACAAUCCCAUCAGCAACCAGACUCAACAUCUGGACAUCACUCAGCUCUGUCACACAUCUGCAGACUCUGUCCACUGCUGUGGUUCUACUGAAGCUGUGAUCCGAUUGGUCCUCUCUGCUCUGGUGGGCGUGGCUACUGUCAUUUUUCUGGUUUAUGACAUCAGAUCCAGAAGAGCUGAAUAAGAUCAAGCACAGAUUCACACAUCAGGUGCAUGAUUAAUGAAAAAAUUUCUCACCAUAUACAGUAUAAAUAUUAGUGAGAUUAAUUAAAUUAUGCCUUUAUAUGUUCAUACUUUACUGUUGCUGUCAAUAUGGCAUCUGUAUUUGCUUGUCUUUAUUAAUAAUAAAGUUUUCUUUCUCUGAGGUUCAAGAGUCUCUCCAUAUUUUAUUACAUUCACUGUAACAAACUCCUGUAAAAAUUACAGCAAUACUUUACAGCAGCUGGAUGUUUUCCUAAUAUUACAGCAUAUUGCUGUAAACUACA